GGGUUGGAUUAAAGAAGGAUUUAGGGGUUUUGAUGAUUAGGGUUGGAUUAAAUCCGAAGCAGAAACGACGCCGUUUUGAUGGCUUCUGUGUUUCAGUUGCGGCUUCGUUCUCUCUGCACGUCGUCCUCGAAAUGGAGGGUGAAGCAGGUGACAACUUCCAACUUUGAAGAGUCCCUGCAAGAGCUAAAGACUCACAUCUCUUCCUCCGAUUAUGUCGCCGUAUCCAUGGCCAAGACCGGCUCUCCGUCGCCGCCGUCCUGGCUCCGCCCUCUACCUUUCGACACCGCCCAGACCGCCUACUCAAAGGCCUGCCGCGCUGCCCACCGCUUCCAGCUCCUCCACUUUGCAGUAUGCCCCUUCUCCGUCUCUAGCUCCGACAAACUCCUCGCUCACCCUUAUAAUUUCGUGUUGUUUCCAAGAGACGAAUUGAAAAUGGGGAUGCCUGCUUACAGCUUUUCGUGCCAGACAUCGCUUCUUGCCUCCAUGGCUCGCAAUCCCUAUCCCAAUCGCAAUCCAAUUCCAAUUACCCCAAUUUUCUAA